GGGGUCAGGGCCAGAAAGGGCAGCGCCUUCGGGGAGAGUUACUGCGCAUGCGCUGUAGCCGCCCAGGAAGCGGUCCUGCCCGGAAGGAGCCGCUUGUGACACGACCGCGGGGCGCGGAGCGGCGGCCAUGGUUUACAUUUCGAACGGACAAGUGUUGGAUACCCAGAGUCGGGCUCCUUGGAGUUUGUCAUUUAUAACAGAUUUCUUCUGGGGAAUAGCAGAUUUUGUGGUUUUAUUCUUCCAGAGCAUUGUUCAGCCAGAUUUGAGAAGGAGAGGCUGCACAUCUUCCUCAAACUCAAGAUAUGAUGAUGGAAGAGGGCCUCCAGGAAAUCCUCGUCGUAGAAUGGGUCGGAUAAAUCAUGGUGGUGGAGGUCCCAGUCCACCACCCAUGGCUGGAGGAGGAUGAGGAAGGUAAAUGCCUGCUUCUUAGGACAGGCAACUGGACUUACACAUUUGCAAGACUAAAGGGAAGAAGCAUUAGAUGAUGGACCAAACGAGUGGGAAUGUUGUGAAUGUGUAUGCCUAAUGGAAACUGCUCUGCAAUUAAGCAGAUAAUGAAGUUGUGCUGGGAAUUCCUUCUUCCGGGAUCCAGUGUAACUGAAGUGCAGUGUUAUUAAAUGCACAUGUUUUACUGUCUGUCUCAAAGCCUUUUUGUAUAGUUUGUGAAUAUUUUAUUGUAGUGGCAAAGUAAUAAGCAAAUAUAUUUGGCUUUGCAAAA